AUGGAAUAUUCACAGCCGGACCUACCGUCCGCGCAGGAUCUUCUCCAGUCCGGAGAACCAUUUGUCCCGUUUUCCGAGUUCUCGGUCCACACCAUCCAGGAUCUGCUGGCUGAAGAUGCAUCUGGUUGGGUCCAGCGCAAGUUGGACGAAGGCAUACCUUUUGUUAUCCGCGGGUUCGAUCAGCUAGAUAGUUGGGAUAGGUCGAUUUUAAGCAACCAGAGCCUGGUGACGUUCUCGUCCUCGGAAGCCAUCCCUGUCAGAAACUGUCAUACCGGACGAGAUGUCAAAAUGAGAUUGCGAGACCUGCUAUCUUCAGCAGGACAUGCUCGGCCUAGUAAUGCUAAAGAAUCGCUCUAUGCAAAGGAUCUCCACUGUCCUUCGGAGUGGAUAAGGGCGCUGGAGGCCGUCGUGCCCUCGUCCCUUAGGUACUUGGGUUCACUCGAUUUGUUCCGAGUCCUACCAAAGGGGAUCGCUCCGGAAGUGCUGAUGGCCUACGUUGGAACCCGCAAAUCUUUCUCUGGAUUUCACAAGUGCUUCAGUGGCACGGUUGCUCUCAAUCUGAUGGUCGAAACAGAAGGCAAAGGCUCGGGUCCGGGAGCACUUUGUUUUGGUACAGACACGAACUCCCGAGCUAAAUAUGACGUGUAUAUGGAGGAAAUGGAGAAAGCGCCUCACAUCGACUGGGCCAAUAUCUCAACUUCACAGCUCAAGUCGGCGGAUUUUCCGAUCUAUGUCACCCACCAGGGGCCUGGAGACCUGGUUGUGUUUCCAUCCGCGACUGCGCAUCAAAUAUGGAAUAUUAGUUCCUUGGUUACGAAGGUCGUUUGGAACAUCAUGCAUACAUCCUCAGUAAUGUCUUUCUUCGACUACGUGCAACCAGUAUACCAGAUGCAAUGCCACGCGGACACCGGCCGAGUCCCUCUAAUUCCAGUGCAUGCCCUGAGCCACAAGCUCGGAGUCGAGGAGUCCCGGGUUCUUUUGGAAAUUUUCCAACGGCUUGUGGAUGACGAAGACAUAGGGCAAAAUCCCAACGUGCUCAUCAAGCUUGUAGACACCCAAGGGGCCGUGGUUGAAUGCAACUUUUGCGGACUCACGAUCUGGAACCGGCAUUUGCAUUGCGAACAAUGUGGUGACUUUGACCUGUGCCUGGCCUGCUUUGUUUCUGGACGCAGCUGUAAGCAUACGGGCGACUAUGCCUGGGCGGAGAUAUUCCCACGCCAGCGCUGUCAAGAGAUCAUCAAGACGACUAGGGAGAGGAUAGGAUAUCGGCCCACGUCGAAAUCGAGCAUAUCAACGCGAAAGUCUCUAGGCAUCCUAGCUGUGUCUGCAGCAGAGGCCCGACAACAACCUCUAGAACGACUGUGCCACCUUUGCCGCGACAGUCACCCUGUGUGGAAAGGAGUUACGUGCUCGCAAUGUACGGCAUUCUUCUGCCUUCGUGGCCUCCACAGGCAUUUCGAUAUCGACCUUCUUGCAUUUCUCCGCAACGAAGGCGUCUGGAAUUGUCCGAAAUGCGCGCAACAGUGCAAUUGCCGGUGCUGUCAUUUCUCCCGCCCGUACCAAAGCAAAGACAAGCCUGUGCGGGCGCGCAUAAAGCCCGUUGACUCCCGAGGCCGCAUCCAUGGAUUUGUGGACAAUGUUUUUGACCAGAAACGGGGCAAAAAAGCCAGCCAGCCUCUGCACAGUGGCUCUCUCUCGGCUGAGAUCAUCCCUCGAUCACAGAAACGAGCGAGAGUAUCUGAUGGAGACGAGCAGGCCAAGCUAUGGCACCGGGACAGUCCAAGUCACCUAGGAAACCGACCUUCCGAGGCACCGAGCGCCUUCUCGACCGACAUGGCCCCGUCCAGUCGCACCGGGUCUCUUGGGCCGAAAGCACAGCUUCGCAUCAGUGACCUUGUCGAGGACCGAACUUCGCCCAUCGAAGCCAGCGCGACCUCUCAUGGUCGCACGGGGAUGCUUCCCAUUCCCCCGAUCUACUCGAUGUCUCAUCUCGGCAGCACAUCGCACGACCCAGGUGGAUCCAGCCAUGAAUAUGAUUCCCAUGUCACAGAGUCCUCAUCAUCUCGGAACGGAGACAACAUCGCGUCACUCGAGAAAAAAUGCGACUCUCUCCGGCAGUAUGCCGACGAUCUGCUGGAGUUGAGGCUCGUAGAGUCUCACGCCGCGCUGCUAGAUCGGAUCGGUCAACUGGAAGCUGAGAUUGAACGACGCAAACGCCGCAAAGCGGAAAUGCUGUUCGACAACCUGCAUCGAGACUUCCCUGAAUUGGCGAACAUGGCCCGGGAGGAAGCGCAACGACGGGGGAUUUAA